AUGCACAUUUUCAUGAUAUUCAAUUUCUUAAAGGGUCUGUACAGGAGUUUUAUGACAACCUAAUUUACUUUUUAGAUGAAUAAAGUCUGUUUGUCCGUCUGUCCCUCCUCCUGGUCUCUGACUGCAUCUUGCUGAUCCUUGACUCCACCCCCUCCCUUGGAUGCCAUGGUUACCGUUCUCAAAGAUCCAGUUACCGUGGUGACAGUCAGCCAUGAUCAAAGAUGCGCAGGUUGGACUAUCUGAUAAAAGAGACUUCUUUCAUUUGCCAAGAAGCCUCCAUGACGCCAAUCCCACUGAAUGAUUGAGGAGAUGAGGUAGAACAGAGGCGACCUUCCGCUCGUCCUGACUGCAACCGUCUUUCUCCUGAGGGUUUCGUCUCCUCCAGCCUUCUCUCCUCUCCUCUCGUCUCCUCCCCUGCUCCGCAGCAGCGAUGCUCCCCUCGUCUCCGCCCCUGCUCGGAGCUCAGUCCGCGGGCCGGCCAUAGGUCUGCAGGUCGCCGCGCUUCUCCUCGUUAUGGUGCAAAAAUCUCGGAACGGGGGGGUGUUCCCCGGACCACAGGCUGACCAGAAAAAGCUGAAGGUUGGCUUCGUGGGUCUGGAGGCGGGAGGCAGCGAGUCGAGCAAGGACGGAGCUCUGCUCAUUGCUGCAGGUGGUGAUGAAGGUCUUCGGCGUCAGCGCAGCAGCGUGUCUGGGGGAAAGAAGCCCCCCAAGCGAAAUGCUCUCUACAGACGACUACAGAACUUCCUUUACAACGUCUUGGAGCGACCCCGAGGAUGGGCGUUCAUCUAUCACGCAUACGUGUUCCUGCUGGUCUUCUCCUGUCUGGUUUUGUCAGUGUUCUCCACCAUCAGAGAGUAUGAGAAGAGCUCAGAAGAUGCCCUCUACAUCCUGGAGGUGGUGACUAUUGUGGUGUUUGGGGUGGAGUACAUGGUGAGAAUCUGGGCAGCAGGCUGCUGCUGUCGCUAUAGGGGAUGGAGGGGACGACUCAAGUUCGCCAGAAAGCCGUUCUGUGUCAUCGACAUCAUGGUUCUGAUCGCAUCCAUCUCAGUUCUGGCUGCGGGGACUCAAGGCAAUGUCUUUGCCACGUCAGCCAUAAGGUCCCUGAGGUUUCUACAAAUUCUUCGGAUGAUCCGGAUGGACCGACGGGGAGGAACAUGGAAACUUUUAGGCUCAGUGGUUUAUGCUCACAGCAAGGAGCUGAUCACAGCCUGGUACAUCGGCUUCCUGUGUCUCAUCCUGGCCAGUUUUCUGGUUUAUUUGGCUGAAAAAGAAGACAAUGAGCAGUUUGAGACCUAUGCAGAUGCCCUCUGGUGGGGUCUGAUCACCUUGACAACCAUUGGCUAUGGAGACAAGUUCCCCAUCACCUGGAAUGGGCGUCUACUGGCUGCAACCUUCACUCUAAUUGGAGUUUCUUUUUUUGCCUUGCCAGCUGGAAUUCUGGGCUCUGGUUUUGCUCUGAAGGUCCAAGAACAGCACAGACAGAAACACUUCGAGAAGAGGCGGAACCCGGCAGCUGGCCUCAUACAGGCCGCUUGGAGGGUUUAUGCCACAAAUCUGACUCGCACUGACCUGACAUCCACCUGGGACUAUUAUGAACGGACAGUGUCUGUCCCCAUGUACAGGCUUAUUCCUCCGCUCAACCAGCUGGACUUAUUAAGAAACCUCAAGAACAAGUCAGGACUGUCUUUCAGGAAGGAUGUCCAGCCUGAACCCUCCCCCAGCCAGAAAGUCAGCCUGAAGGAGAGGGUCUUCUCAUCUCCCCGAAAUUCAGCAACCAAAGGGAAAGGCUCCCCACAGCAUGGGGUCCCUGCAGUUGGUGCCGGUGUCACCCCUGGAGGAGUUGUUGGUCCUGGAUUGCCUGGAGCCCCUGGAACUCCAGGAGGAGUCCAGGCCUUACGGAGAUCCCCCAGCAUGGAGCCCAGCAUGGAGGAGAGUCCCAGUAAGGUUCCAAAGAGCUGGAGCUUUGGAGAACGCAGCAGAACCAGACAAGCAUUCAGGAUUCGAGGGGCAGCAUCUCGGCAGAACUCAGAGGUGCUCAUAGAGAUGCAGGACGAAGAGUUCAGACAGAAGAACUCCCCAGAGGCCAGCCUGCCAGGAGAAGACAUGGCAGAUGACAACAAGAGCUGCCACUGCGAGUUUGUCCCUCAGGAUCUGACGCCGGGGAUAAAGGUCACCAUCAGAGCCAUUUGCAUCAUGCGCUUCAUGGUUUCAAAGAGGAAGUUUAAGGAGAGCCUUCGUCCCUAUGAUGUCAUGGAUGUGAUUGAGCAGUAUUCAGCCGGACACCUGGACAUGCUGGCCCGCAUUAAGAACCUCCAGGCCCGGGUGGAUCAGAUUGUUGGACGAGGAACACCAAUUGCAGCAGACAAGGAUCGGCCUAAAGGAGCUACUGAUGAGUUACCCGAGGACCCGAGCAUGAUGGGACGGCUAGGAAAGGUUGAAAAACAGGUCAUGUCGAUGGAGAGGAAGCUGGACUUCCUGGUAAACAUUUACAUUCAGCGAAUGGGAAUCCCUCAGGCGGAAACUGAUGCUUACUUCGGAUCCAAGGAGCCUGACCCAGCCCCUCCCUACCACAGCCCAGUGGAUCAGCUGGAGAAAAGCCAGUCCAUCUCCAAAAUCAUGCAGGUGUUACCUGGUGACCCCAUGGACAGGACCCUGUUUAUGACAAAGAUGGUGCGCUCCAGCAGUUCCACAGGACACAGAAACUACACAGCUCCAACCUGCCCGCCUUCCACCUCCUGGCAGCCAAUCAGCUCUCAGCUCCACCAGCAAGGCCCUCCCCCUCCAAACUGCAGCCAUGGCAACACUCCGAGUCCCGCGGGGGACCCCUCACUGGUUCGACUGCCCCCUCCUCCUGCUGGAGAAAGACAUGGAAGCCACCGAUCCAACCGACAUGGUCAAGGAGACAGAGGCGGGCCAGAGAGACCAGAGCGGAGAGGGGAGGGCACCAAUGGGAGCGGACCAGGAGCAGGAGGGGAAGAGGGGAAGCCCGACAGCGAUGCUUCCAUCUCCAUCCCGUCGGUGGACAAUGAGGAGCUGGAGCGUUCCUUCAGUGGGUUCUCUAUCUCUCAGUCCAGAGAAAACCUGGACUUUCUGAACAACAGCUUUUAUCCCUCCACCAACUUAGGAGAGCAUCCGGUGGGGGGUGGCGCAGCCCGUUGUCCCAACAUCCGUUCCUAUAUUGCAGAGGGAGAGUCAGACUCCGAUUCUGAGCUGUGUGCUCCCUCUCCGCACUCAGAUCGGGCCUGGAGCAGCACCAAGUAGAUCAAAAAACCACAGGGAGGAACCAGCAGAACCACCAAUCCCAGAUUGCAAAAACAGUACCGGGGGGGGGUGAGGCACAGCCCAGACGGCAGAGCUCAAUCUCAAUCCACAGACGCUUUAAAACAGACGGCAUGAUGGGAAGUGAUGUUUUAUCGUUUUUCCUGUCAAGGGUUGUGGCCCGGCUGCAGAGCCUCUUCUUUAAUGCACAAACACAGAAACCCCCCACUCAUAUUCAUCCAGUCCUGACCUCCUCACUUCUGUGAUUGCUUAAUUGUUGCAUGCACACUACAGUUAUCAUCCACAUGAAUUGUCUGACAGCACCGGGGCAGCAGGUAGGGGUGGAUUUCUAACAUCUGAUUGGUUGUUGGGAUACAAAAUGGCCUGAAUGGUUUCAAGCCCUCAUACUGCAUGUUGGGUGGUCUGGGAUGGGGUAGUGCGGGUCUUCUCUCACAAAAACUUUCUAUUCAAAGUCUCAAACACGACUUUCUUUGUAAAUGUUCCACACUGUCUGCUGUGGAGGAAGAGGAGGCAGAAGAACAGAGCUGCUGACAAGGGAAAGAAGAGAGGAUAAGCAUCGGUUUGCAUGAUCACUGUCAGUUCAUGGUCGACUUUCACUGAAGGAGUUGCAGCUGAACAUUAGAGCAUAAAGUCUGUAGAUGCUUGGAGUUGUGCAUUGAAGCUGGAUCAGGUCUGCUCUCAGAGAUCCUAGUUCACUGUUCACCAGAGUUGGGUAAUUACAAGUUACAUUUACUCAGAUACCUUUACUUGAGUAAUUUUUUUGGGGGAAAAUGUAACUCUUUUAAAUACUUUUAUGACAUCAUAUUUUUUUAAUUACUUGACAUCAUUUACUUCACUACAAUUGACUUUAUUAAUUUACUUACGUUUAAAGAAUUAUUUUAAUUUAUUGUAGGCAUGCAUAAUAGAAUUUAAGGGGAACAGUUAUCUCGCCAACACAGUUUAGCUUUGCUAACCCAGUAAAGAUGCACAGCAAAGUUAAAACAUUAUUAAAUACUUAAAAUUUAUCAUAACUGGGAAAAAGGCAAGAUCGGAUAAAAAAAAAACAUUUGCUUUGUUCAAUCAAUAACGUAGUGAAAUGUCACAAAUUUGUACUGAGCUUCAGUCAAAGCUCUGUUCUUACCAAAUGAACAGUAAAGUAGGGGAGGAUACUUGUUAAAAAUAUUUUUACUUUUUAUUUCAACAUCAGAAAAUCCAAGAAUUUACAGUUAAAUUAAAAAAAUAAUUGCUAAGUCUUUGAGUACCUAGCUUUUUGCUUUUACGAAAGCAGUUAUUCGGAUGACUACUUUUGCUUCUUUUUGAGUAACAUUAUUUUAAAGUAUAGGUGCUUGAAUACAGAUUUUGGAUAGUUUAUCCACAUCUGCUGUUUACACUGCAGACGUGUUUGAUCACAGACUGAAGACUGAUGGAUCGAGAUGCUGAUCUGGUCACUUCACACCUUCAGAGUGCAGCUCUGCUAAACUGACGCCCACCAGUAACCAAGCUGCUGAUCAAUGAGCCUAAUGAAAGGUGAAAUGUUGGGCAUCUGUCCAGAUCCAGCCUGAUCUUUCGUGUGUCUCAGUGAUUUGUUCAACUUAAACCGUGUCUUACAGCUGCCGCUCAAAGUUGAGGCAUAAAAUGUGUGACAAUUGCUUACUAAGACUCUCCUGAGGUUCAUUACAUUUUGAGCCAUAAAAGAGACAUUAGAGUCUGAGCUUUCUCUAGCUGCUCAAAGAUGUUUUCUCACACUUUUUGACCAAUGGAAACUGAAGCCAGAACAAUCAGAUAUGUUUAAUAAACCAGCAACACUGAUGCUGCUGCAGGUGAUCAUGCAGCAUCUGGUUUAGCUCCAGGAAGAAACAACCACAGCUGCACUGAUACGUACUGUUGUCUUUAUUCCAAUGACUGCUGAACUUCUGAGAUCCACUUUAUCUCCAGCCAAGCUGCUCAGAUCCAGAUGGCUUCAGAGUUUUGUCCCCUCUCACUAACUGUGUGUUCCUGAGAAGCAGCUUGUGGUCUCCUUUAUUUACUCCUUUCCUCACUUGUGUCACCACUUUCUACAGCGCACACACAGUUAUCAGCCUGAUAACAAUUACGGAUGAAAGAAAAAAGCUUUAGUUGCUCCGCAGAUGAAUGAUUGCUGGAGAUGUGUCUUGUUCUUGUCCAAUGUAACCGGCUGAAGUGAAACCUAACCGGCUGCAGGUGUGAGCGGUUCUGGUUGUGAGGGUCCAGCCUCCAGCAUGCAGCUCUUAAAAAACAUGAGAAGCCAGAAAAACCUGUUCACUGUUUCUUUACUCAGAUUUCAAUAAAACCGUCACAGAUUCGAAAUAAAUUUAUUGAAUGUUUGGUUCUGCUUGA